CCGCGGCCCUGCCGCCUUCCGGUGCGGCCUCCCCGGCGGCGGCGGCGGCGGCGGCGGCGCUGUCCCAGGCGGGCCGCGCGUCCCGUCCCGUCCCUGCCUCCGCCUCCUUCCGCUCCCUGCCGCCUCCUUCCCUGCCCGCCCGCAGCGGCAGCUGAGCCGCUCCCUCUGCCCGCCAUGCCCCCCAAGAAGCAGCAGCAGCCGGCGGGGGGCAGCAAGAAAGCGGACCAGAAGAAGAAGGAGAAGAUUAUCGAGGACAAAACCUUUGGCUUAAAGAACAAAAAAGGUGCAAAACAACAGAAAUUUAUCAAGGCUGUGACUCACCAGGUUAAAUUUGGUCAGCAAAAUCCACGCCAGGCUGCUCAAACAGAAAGUGAAAAGAAAUUAAAGAAAGAAGAUAAGAAAAAAGAAUUACAAGAAUUAAAUGAACUCUUCAAGCCCGUGGUUGCUGCACAGAAAAUUAGCAAAGGUGCUGAUCCCAAAUCUGUAGUUUGUGCUUUCUUCAAGCAAGGGCAGUGCACUAAAGGAGACAAGUGCAAGUUUUCUCAUGAUUUGUCUUUGGAAAGGAAGUGUGAAAAACGAAGUGUCUACAUUGAUGCAAGAGAUGAAGACCUUGAAAAAGAUACAAUGGAUAACUGGGAUGAGAAGAAGCUAGAAGAGGUGGUGAACAAGAAGCAUGGUGAGGCGGAAAAGAAAAAACCCAAAACUCAAAUAGUCUGCAAAUAUUUUCUUGAUGCUAUUGAAAACAACAAAUAUGGAUGGUUUUGGGUCUGUCCGGGUGGCGGAGACAAUUGUAUGUAUCGCCAUGCGCUCCCUCCAGGUUUUGUAUUAAAAAAAGACAAAAAGAAGGAGGAAAAGCAAGAUGAAAUUUCCUUAGAAGAUCUAAUAGAAAAAGAGCGUGCUGCCUUAGGACCAAAUGUUACCAAAAUCACUUUAGAGUGUUUCAUUGCAUGGAAGAGAAGAAAAAGACAAGAAAAAAUUGAUAAGGCUGAGCAAGAUAUGGAAAGGAGGAAAGCAGACUUUAAAGCUGGCAAAGCAUUGGUGAUUAGUGGACGCGAAGUGUUUGAGUUCCGACCGGAGUUGGUUGAUGCAGACGAUGAAGAAGCAGAUGAUACCCGCUAUACUCAAGGAACAGGAGAAGAUGAUGAGGUGGAAGAUCCCGUGUGCAUAAAUGAUGUAGAUUUGAGCCUGUAUGUCCCGAAGGCUGUCGAUGAGACUGGUAUUACUGUGGCUAGUCCUGAGCGAUUCAGCACAUACACUUCAAUAGAAAGAGAUGAUAAUAAAUUAAGUGAAGCUUCUGGCGGUGAGAUAAACAGCAGUGAGCAAAACAAUUUAGAGGAAGAUAAUGAUGGAGAUGGGGAGUUGGAAAAUGGAGUAAUUGAUGCAGUUCCAGUUGAUGAAAAUCUUUUUACUGGCGAGGACUUGGAUGAACUAGAAGAAGAACUAAACACUCUUGAUUUAGAAGAAUGAAUUAAAAAGCUCAGGUGCAGAUUAAAAUCUAUGUGACAAAGUGAAAACUGACUACAUUUUUUUCUCCCUUUUGAAUAGAAUUCUUAAACAGGAUGUUUAUCGUUACCCAGCUGAUUCUGAUGGGCACGUGAUAUACCAGGAGUAUUUUCUUUCAAUCUCAUCUACUCCAAUCUUGACUAUGAUCACAGUAAAAUAUUCAGAGUAAUUCGUAAUUACCUGACAGCUGAAUUUGCAGAAAAUUAGAUGGUAUAUUUCAACUGAAAGUAGGAAGUGUAACUGCUUUGCCAGUGUGCAAGUGUAAGUGGGCAUGUUGAUACCAGGUACAGUAUGAAAUCAAAGGGAACGUUCUUUACCAGAACUUCAUUUUUAAUAGCGAUUGUAUUGAUUUAGAAACUGCCUGAAGUAUUUUUAGGCAGUAUACUAAUGGAGCUGAUGCAGAUUAUGCUUCUUGAAGUUCUGAUUAGCUUUACUUGAUCAGCUGGAUGCUGAGGAUACAGAUUGUGAACUGAUAUAUCAUACAGUACAGCGAUACGGUGCCCUCCGUUUAAAAUGUUUUAAACUUUCCCACCGCCUUUUGCCAACAAAACUGUAAAUAAAAAUUAUCAAC